UCGUCUCAACGCGGUGGUAGGCAACGGAACAGUGGCCCGUGACCAGGGACCGCCGCGUGAAGGACAUGAGCGAAGAAGGAGAUGGAGGUGUGGACAAAUGGGUAGGGUUACAGGUGGUGGUGGACAAGCGGCGGAGGCGGCGCGUGAGACCGCGGGCGGCUCGGGAGUUGGUGGUGGUGCCGGCACGUGGCAGGGAGCAAAGUUGCAACGCAAGCAGGGAAGGCAAUGAGAGCACAGUCGCCGCGGUGAGCAUCCCAUCUGGACCGGAUACGAGGCACCAAGGGCAUGCACGAUUGCGCAAGCGUGCCAACGAGCGCAAGUCGGUCAACUAUGUGGCUAUGGAGGUGGCCAAGGCGUCGCCGAUCAAGGCACGACUUCCGCGGAGCGCACCGCUCGUCACGUCACCGGCGCUGCAUCCCAACGUCAAUGUACUGAUCAACUCCAAGUUUGGGUUGCGUCGGGCGUUGGAGCGCGAGCUGGAGCUGACGCGUGGAAGGCUACGGCAGCGGCCGGCGACACCGGUCCAGCUUGGGGUGCGGACACGGCAGCGCGGCGUGGUCCCGCAGUCGACCGGGCGGCGGGCAGCGCAUGCGACCGGGCGCGGGCUCGAGCGGAUGCCGUCGGGGAUCCGGCGGAGUGCUGUGAUGCGCAAACCAGGGCGGCCAGGGCGAGUGCGGAGGUACGUCGGCAAACUGGCGCCGGUCAUUCCGGCCAUCAUCCGCCCAGACAUCCUGCCGACGUCGUCGGUCUUUGCGGCAGCGAGCGAUGCGGACGAACACGCUCAUUUUCUAGAGUGUGCGCGUCGGAGCGAGUCGCCAGGUCCAGAGCCGGCAUCGCCCACAGCCAGGGCCAACGCCACACUGAUGCGGCGACAGGAGAGUGCGGUGCGGCUGCAGGUGGCCGCGGGCAGGAGCUGGUCCAGCGAUGACUCGGACGACGAGUCGGCCUCGUCGAGUCACCAUGCACUGAGCGUGAAGCUGCCGCCUAAGCUCAGAGUCGGGCGGGUGUCGUUUGCUCAGACAAGACAGAGUCCAGUCACAGGACCGAUACCACGACAGUCGUCUCGGCUGGCAUCGAUGGCGAGCUUUGCGGUCGACGAGAGCGAUAGUACGGAGGCGCGGAUUCUCUGCGGGUUCCGACGCGAGCUUGCCAGCCUCCUUCACACCUCGAUCCGGGACGGUCUCGCCGAGCUAUUCGCUGGCCAUGGCGGGGCACUGAAAGACGAAUGGGGCGAGGAUAGCAUCGAUUUUGACCUCGUCUCGCAGUCGAUGAUCGAGAUCGCAGUGGACGCAAGCAUGGAUCUCGUGUUUGAGUGCGUACAAGAGCUGGCACACGCCAGCAUCCACUCCGGCUCGCGGCACACGCUCUCACAGUACUCGGUGUGCGACGCGCAACUGUAUGCGCUCCUGGCUACCGUGGGCGAGACUCUGAGCGUGCUCAGUGGAUUUCUCACCAACCAUCGGCACGACGGAUUCCUCCUCUCUGUAUUGCACCUCCUCGACAAUGUCAAGCGGCCAAGCCACCAUCGAUUGUGGUCGCUCCAAAGCUCGCUCCGCGAACUUCAUUCGUACACGACAGGUUGGCUGGCGACGGCGCACAUGCUUCAGGAUAGCGAGAGCCAGGAAGCGCUGACGCGGUGCUUUGAGCAGCCUGCGUUUGGCAGUGCAUUGCAAUGAAGGCGGCCGGCUGCAGACA